AUGUUUGAUAGCUUGCUCAACUCCAAGUUCCACAACAAAUGCAAGCACGCGAUCAAAUGCACCCGGACCCGGCUGGAUCUGGUGCGCAAGAAGAAGCAGGCCAUGGUGAAGUUCCUGAGGAAGGACGUCGCCGACCUCCUCACCAAUAACCUUGAAUCGCACGCCUUCGGACGGAUGGAAGGGCUGAUUGUGGAGAUGAACCAAGCUUCCUGCUAUGACAUGAUCGAGCAGUAUUGCGACUACAUAGGGAAGCAGCUCAACAACCUGCAGAAACAGAGUGAAUGCCCUCAUGAAGCCUUGGAAGCUGUGUCAACUCUGAUUUUCGCUGCUGCUAGAUAUCCUGAUUUACCUGAACUGUGUGAACUCAGACAUGUAUUCACAGAGAAAUAUGGGGCUUCCAUUGAACCUUUUGUUAGCUCUGAGUUUGUUCAGAAGCUUCAGAACAAAUCAUUUACUAAGGAGGAGAAGUUGCAAGUGAUUGAAGAUGUUGCUGAAGAAUUUGUGAUCCCGUUUAAUACCAAGACAUUUGAACAACAGAUAUCUGGUGUACCUCCAACUAAAAAGGAACUUCUAAAGAAGGGUUCAUUCAACGGCGUAGAGGUUGAAGUAUCAGGGCGCAAUGGACACAGGGUAGAUAAGCAUGCUGUGCUUGACAGGAAAUCUAAAUCUAUACCUGAUAAGCGUGAAUGGAAGCAGGAAUUUCAGAUAAAACCAAAAGAUAUUCAUGUUGUUCCUGAUUACAUUGGUCAAGUUGGUGAGAAAAGCAGAAAGAACUAUUCAGAUAAACCUGUUGAGAAGAAACAUUUGGAUAGUGAUGUGCCUUCUGUGGACAUGAAGCGACGGAAUGGUCAUGAAAAGGAGAUCAACAAGGACGAGAAAAAGGGCGGUCAGUCUUGGAGGGAACUGAUGAAUGCAGAGGAGCUGGAUCUUAAUGGCUCAAAGAAGCAGGAGGUUGCCAUGGCAAAAUCUGUUCAAAGAGAAAUGAAGAAAAUAGUUCCUCCAUACACAGACCUAAAGGUAACUGAGGAGAAAGAUGGCACCGAAAAGGCAAAUGGCAAAGGCUACCAUCGGACCCACAUGGCUGGUGGCACUGAUCAUAACUGGGGACAUGCUGACUUGGGGCUUAAAACCCUGGGCCUGGAAAAGCAAGAAACUGAAUCAGCUGGUACCUUGAAUGGCAAUGGCAAAACAGUAAACAAGGUUCCUCCAUAUUCUAAGCCGUACAGAGCGACUAGCGAGAAAUCUGCUGAAGAAGAUAAUAAUGGUUUGUAUAAUCGGGCACGACAUCUGGAAGAGUUUGGACAGCCGGUGCAAGAUAGGCAGCAAAUGCCAGAGAAGCUAGUCAACAUGCGGCCUCCCUAUGUGAAGCCAAACUCUAGCAUGAAGCCCGCGCAUGAAAAUCCAACAGAUCAAGCUGCUAAUGGUUACAAGCUCAACGGCUCGGAAGCAACGGGUCACCGGAGAGACGGUCUGGUCGACGAUGAUGGUGCACCUCGGCCCGUUUCCGUCAGAAGGAAAAGUUCAAGGCCACCAACACACGGUUCUUUGCACGACGAGGCGACCAAUGAUGAAAAGGUGACAAACCAAACCCCUGGUGGCCGAACAAGGCGUCCAAGCAGCAGGAAUGGCUCCCAAGACGACCAUGAGCGACGAAAGCACUCGAGCAGGCGUAACGGGUCGACAAGCGGCAGUGACUACCAGACAGAGGAGGAUGAGACUGACACUGCGAUUGACUUUGGCAACCUCUUGCCCCGAGCGCCUCGGAAGCACCGGAGCAGGAGCGCUCAUCCCCGUGAAGGAGGAGGGCACGACGACGAAGAGAGGAUGAUGGAUAAGCUUCUGAGACACUACAGCAAGAAGGGGAUGGAGAGGGAGGAGCACAAGACGAGGUCGAAGUCCAGGACCCCUCGGCCUCGAGCAGAUCAACCUGCUGAUGGCAACAACAGAGAUGGAGCGCCCAGUCAUCCAGAGAGAACCGCAUCUCUGCCUACAGAAUCAGGUUCACCGGUGGGGAGGACGAAGGCUCCUGCCCCUGUUCGGUCCACCUCGCUGCAGCAGGACACGUCCAGGGGGAACGUGCACCCGAAGAUGCCGGAUUUCGACGAACUGGCUGCACGGAUCAGCGCCAUGAAGAGGGCAUGA